GCGGCGGCCGGCGGGGAGGACGGGGAGGCGCGGCCGCCGCUGCGGCGGAGCCGGUGACAGAUCCCUGCAGCUCACUCAGCCCACCGUGCUUUACUGAGGAGGACCGAUUCAGCCUAGAAGCUCUCCGCAUGAUCCAUAAGCAAAUGGAUGAUGACAAAGAUGGUGGUAUCGAAGUAGAUGAAAGUGAUGAGUUUCUAAGGGAAGAUAUGCAAUACAAGGAUGCCUCAAAUAAACAUAGUCACCUGCACAGAGAAGACAAGCAUAUCACCAUUGAGGAUCUGUGGAAACGCUGGAAAACGUCUGAAGUUCAUAACUGGACUCAAGAAGACACUCUUCAGUGGCUCUCAGAUUUUGUUGAAUUGCCCCAAUAUGAAAAGAAUUUUAGAGACAGCAAUGUCAAUGGAACAACACUUCCCAGGAUAGCAGUAAAUGAACAUGCUUUCAUGAUCUCUCACUUGAAAAUAAUUGACCGGAGCCAUAGACAGAAGCUUCAGCUUAAAGCCUUGGAUGUUGUUUUAUUUGGACCUCUCACCCGUCCCCCUCACAACUGGAUGAAGGAUUUUAUAUUAACAGUUUCUAUAGUUAUUGGUUUUGGAGGCUGCUGGUUUGCAUAUACACAGAACAGAACCUCAAGAGAACAUAUCACAAAAAUGAUGAAGGACUUAGAAAGUCUCCAAACAGCAGAGCAAAGUCUUCUUGACUUGCAGGAAAGGCUUGAGAAGGCACAAGAAGAGAAUAGAAACGUUGCUGUUGAAAAGCAAAAUCUGGAGCGCAAAAUGAUGGAUGAGAUCAAUGAUGCAAAACGUGAAGCUCAUCGCCUAAGGGAAUUGAGAGAGGGAGCUGAAUGUGAGCUCAGCAGGCUCAAAUAUGCAGAGGAAGAGUUAGUACAGGUUCGUAUGGCUUUAAAAAAGGCUGAGAAGGAAUUUGAGUUGAGAAGUAAUUGGUCUGUUCCUGAAGCUUUGCAGAAGUGGCUUCAGUUAACGCAUGAAGUUGAAGUACAAUAUUACAAUAUCAAAAGACAGCAUGCAGAAAUGCAAUUAGCAAUUGCUAAAGAUGAGGCAGAAAAGAUAAAAAAGAAGAGAAGCACCGUAUUUGGAACGUUACAUGUUGCACACAGCUCCUCCCUGGAUGAAGUGGACCAUAAAAUUCUUGAAGCAAAGAAAGCACUCUCUGAGUUGACAACGUGUUUGCGAGAGCGUCUUUAUCGAUGGCAACAGAUUGAGAAGAUUUGCGGGUUUCAAAUCGCACACAAUUCUGGGCUACCAAGCUUGACCUCCUCUCUCUACUCUGAUCACAGCUGGGUAGUUAUGCCUCGAGUUUCCAUUCCUCCCUAUCCAAUUGCAGGGGGAGUUGAUGACUUAGAUGAAGACACUCCUCCAAUAGUUUCACAGUUUCAUGGGUCCAUUGUAAAACCUCCCAGCACACUGGCAAGAAGCAGUAGCUUGUGUAGAUCAAGACGCAGUGUUGUGCCAUCAUCUCCACAGUCUCAGCACGCUUUGCACUCCCCUGACCCUGACAUCCUUUCUGUGUCGAGCUGCCCAGCUCUCUAUCGAACUGAAGAGGAGGAGGAAGCCAUUUACUUCUCUGCUGAUAAACAAUGGAUCAAAAGCAAUGUCAGCUACUGGGCGAAGAGGAGAUGGAUGGUAACACAAUUCUUACAGCAUGUUGAGCGUGUACCUACUCUUGUUACAUGGCCUCAUAGGAAAAGGUUAAAUUCCUUUUGGAAGGAGCAAAUGAGCUUGUUGAAAGGGAAGUACAGGAAACAGGUUCGGAAUGUGACUCCUUAAAUUCAUCCAUUGGAAGAAAACAGUCUCCUCCAGCAAGUCUUGAGAUGUACCAGACAAUUUCUCCUCAGAAAGUAUCGCCAGAAGAAUUCUCACUUGAGGAAUCAUCUACAGGAGACUCCUCUUCUCUAACUGCAGAUAUUUCUAGGGGCUCUCCUGACUGUGUAGGCAUGGCAGAAACUAAGAGCAUGAUCUUUAGUCCUGCAAGCAAAGUUUAUAAUGGAAUCCUGGAGAAGUCUUGCAGCAUGAACCAGCUUUCAACUGGGAUCCCAGUCCCAAAGCCUCGUCACACCUCAUGUUCUUCAACCGGCAGUGAUAGUAAACCCAGCCAUGAAGCUGCUUCUGUCCCGAGGAUAAGCAGCAUCCCACAGGACCUCUACCAGAAUGGUGAAAAAAAUAAAAAGCCAUCAAAAAUAAAAAACCUCUUUAAGAAGAAGUGUAAGUGAGGUGGGCAGAAGAAAACCUAAUAUUAUAAGAACUCUGUUUUUUAAAUCUUUAGGAAUGUAAUUCCAUUUGAGCAUUCCAGACUGGAUGCCCUAAUGGAAUACUCUGUAGGUCUCCUAUAUUUAAUGACUCUACUGUCAACGGUUGUGCCAGCUGUCAAUGAGAAAUCAUUAAAAAGUUCAGACAGUUUACAUUCAUUUCUGCCUAUUUAUUCCUUUAUUUUUUUAGUUUGUAUUUUUCAGCUUUUUUUUUUUUUUUUUUUUUUUUUUUUUUUUUUUUAAAUUUGAUUUGUUGGGCUUUUUAAAGUUUAUUCAUAAACCAUUUUUAAGCCACUUUGGACUCCAAAGCUUUAAUGGACUAGUAAGCCUUCCUGGGCUUGCCAAAGUUUCUUGUUUACUGGAGCAUCUUCCUAUCUUUCCAUAGAAAUAGGACAUUUAUCUACCGGACUUUAACAAAAAUAAAAGAAGUAGAAGUAAAUGAAUUGCACUACUGUUUUACAGACUGGAACAGUCUCUGCAAGUGAAACUGAAAGACUUGUAUUUGACUGAGAAGAUGAAUCUUUUCACUUUUAGAUCUUUUGGGGUUUUUAAGUAGAAUUUAGCAUUUCUAAUUACUUGAUUUCUGGAAAUGGAAAUGUCAUGCUUUUAUUAUGGGAAGCUUUGUUAGAUGCAUUUAUUAUUAGAAUGGUUCA